AUGUCAAGUUUCAUGAGAGCACAACAGCAAUGGGCCACCUCUGGCCAAAUAUAUUAUCUCUUAGAUGGAAAAAUGCAACCUCCAGGCAAACUUGUAGCAAUAGCAUCAAACUUGUUGCACAAACCUGUAUACCAUCAAUUGAGUAAGUGUGGGGAUCAUGUUGUCAUAAAGAACACGAGGCAUAUUACAUUUUCUGGGAAAAAAUGGGAACAAAAAGUAUAUUCUUUGCACAGUGGCUACCCAGGUGGUUUCAGACAAGUUGCAGAAGUUCAGCUUCACCAGCAAGAUACAGUGACAAUUGUAAAACUAGCUAUUUAUGGGAUGUUACCCAAGAACCUCCACAGAAGAACCAUGAUACAAAGGCUACAUCUUUUUCCAGAUGAAGAGAUUCCAGAAUACAUACUUAAUAAUUUAGUAGAAGAGCUUCCUCAACCAUGAAAAAUACCUAAAAGGCUAGAUGAAUAUACCCAAGAAGAAAUUGAUGCUUUCCCAAGAUUAUCGACUCCACCUGAG